AUGACCAACGAUGUUCUGCGACUACCAAAUUACCCGUCUACGCAAUCACGAAAAGGGCUUUCCCCAUCUCAGUUGGCAACUUUGUACCAAACCAUCGCGUCAACGCUCAACAGUGUUCUUGAGUUACCUGCCAACAAAAGGGAUACCCCAUCUUCCAGGAAUUUCUUAGCAACAUACGCCAGCGAUACUGCCUUCCAAAAUUUGCAGAACUUAAUAUGGAUCCAAGACUCCACGGAUACGAGCCAUCAAAUUCAAGGGAGCGCUACUGAGAAAUUUAUCCAGAAGAAAGUGCUUGUUCUUGCGGAGAAGCUAGCAUCAACAACACCAGGACUAGACGUCAGAUGUCUUCUAGAUCUGUCAGUUAUCUACUGUCGCUCUCAACCCUCUCGCCUUCGACUCGUGUUCAAAUCUGCUUUCGAAUCAGAACCAUCCCUUGCUCAGAUUAUCACCGACGAUCUCGUUCCAGGGUUUGCAUCCCUGCUAUCACAACAAACGUCUACCUCACAAGGUCUAUAUGCGCAGCGGAAAAUCGCAGAAUGCAUGUUUGGAUUCCUGCGUGGAGCAAAAGGAACCCCAGAGUUAAUUCGUCCGUUCGCACAUAGCAAACCACUCCUCCUUGCGCUAGCUACGACUUAUGACAUCGGUAUGACCACGAUUGCCGCAUCAUAUGGAGGGAUUUCUGCACUUACAGCCGGAAUUGCAGCUCAGGGCAGAGACGCAGAUGAUUGGGAGAGAAUAUGGGUGGAAACCAAAGUGGCACUUCUGGACUCUUUCCACGUCAUUCUCACUACUCUUUUGGACGACUUGGCAUCCUGCGCUCCCGGACCUCGACUAGCAUUUGAAGCAGAGCGCACAUUCGACCUAAUUUUUGCCCUACUUGAUGCUCCUUCGUCAUCAUCAUCGACGGCAUCCGAUACUCCCACUCCUUUCCUCGACCAAUCUUUGCUCGCAGAUUACCAGCAAGCCUACUCUCUGUCCAACACACUUGCAGCAGCGCUCAAACACGCCCAAGAAAAAGAUGCAAGACUGGACCUUCUCGAAAGCACCCUGCGGUCGUAUGAUCACGAAUCUGCUUCCGGCGUAAAUGGACAGAAAGGACGUAAGAAUGCAGGCGCUCUCAAGAUUCUCCUCCGCUCGUCUGGUAUCCAACCAGGGAUAGACAACCUAGGAACUAGGAAUGCUACCACACGCCAACAAGUCACAGAGCCAAUCCGUCAUCCGAUCGUGUUGGACCAUGGUACAAGCAAGGCGAAAGGCAAGUCGCGUGCAGCGGCUCCUCUAUCAGACCCCGAUCUCGAUAUUAAGGCCACUCAAGUUCUGGACAUUCUUCCUGAUACGCCAGUUGACUACGUCAAGCUUCUUCUCGCCCAUGAUAGAUAUGGCCGCAAUCCUGAAAAAGUCAUAGAAGCAUUAUUAGAAGGGACAGCGAUGUCACGCGAGCAACUGGAAGAAGAUCUCCAGGCUGCUGCAGACCUAGAUUAUGGUGCUGGGAAUGGACAUUCAGAACCCGUUCGGGAUGAUACAUACAAGGUCGAACAGAGGCGGAAUGUAUUUGACGAUGAUGUGUUAGAUCUAACACAGCUGAGAUUUGGCAAGAAAUCUGCAGGGGAUGAGAUUCUUCGUGACCGCACUUUCAUUGAAGACAUGAAAGCCGAUAUUCUUCGAAGGGCAGAAGCCAUAUCCGAUGAUGAAGAGGAGGAAGGUUUGGAUUCUUUCGGCAAGCCUUUACCAGUAGCUGCAAACAGUAAGGGCAAGGGCAAAGCGAUCGACAGCUCUGGGGCCAUUGACCUUGGACCAGAUGAAGACGAGGAAGAUGUCAUUGGUCUUCGUGUCGCAGGCGAUGGUGAAGAUAGCGAUAACAGUGAAGCUGAAGAUGAUGAGCAAGAAGAGGAACAAACACCUGAAUCUAUCAUCGAACAGGCAUAUUUGCGGGAUCCUAAAGUCUUUGAGCGAGAUGCUGCAACGAGGAGGAGCAAGGCCAGGAUGGAUUUGAAAACUCAAACAGGCUGGGCAGACGAACAGAUCGAAGGGUGGAAGGUUAUGCUCGACCGAAAUCCUGGUCGCAAAGAUAAAUUGGCAGAGAAAUAUGCUUUCAGAGGAAAUGAAAAGGGUCUUGAUGUUCGACCCGGAGGAUCCGACGGUGGAAGAGGUCGUGGAGGACCUCGCGGUCGUGGUCGUGGUCGAGGAGGUGGUGGAAGAGGAGGUAGGUCGGGCGCUGGAGGAGAAAGCAGUGCGAAGGAACGUGCCUGGAAGGAUAAAAACAAAGCCAGCCGUGCCAACCAUAACAGAAAACGAGGCCAUGACAAGAAAAUGGCUCGUGCAGGUGCUGGGCCAUCAACUUGA